CUUGGUACAGAGUGGACGUGCCGCGCGCGCUCUCCCGCACCGCCUGCAUAUCGCAGCGAGUGAAUUGUGAAUCGAAAAAAAUAAAACAACACCGCAGUGAAAGUGCAUGUGUCAGUGGAUUUAGAUUUGCAGUGUGUUUGAUGUGUAUCACAAACGUGGAUUGAAGGUAUUGUGUUCCGUAAUUCUGUAGUUUAGUGUGUCGGCAUUCCGUAUCCCAGUGGUGGAAGGCAUGCAUUGUCGCGUGCGCAGCGGCGCGGCCAGUCCCCGCCCCCCGCUCCGCUGACCGCGCCCCGCCGCCCGCGCCGCCAUGGCAGCGCAUGUCGCGCUCUUCCUCAUCCUCUGCCUCGUCCACUGCGACACCAAGACCGUGCUGCAGGAUAAACUUGCGGGAGUGAGGACAGUGGACGUGCAGGCGGUGGAGGGCAUGGUGGCGCAGUUCCCGUGCGACCUCGGCACCGCCGCCAACGACAAGGUCUACAUGGUGUUCUGGUUCCGGGACGACGCCGGGAUCCCGCUGUACAGUUUCGACGUCCGCGGCAAGCACCUGUCGGAGGCGCGGCACUGGUCGGCCCCCGAGGUGUUCGGCCCCCGCGCGCACUUCUCCACCUCCCCCCCUCCCGCCGCGCUGCUGGUGCGCGACGUCAAGCGGCGGGACGAGGGCGUCUACCGCUGCCGGGUCGACUUCCGCAACACGCAGACCACCAGCUUCAGAUACAACCUCACUGUAGUAGUUCCUCCUGAGAAGCCGGUGGUGGUGGACCGCUGGGGACGGGUCAUCAACACCACGACCCUCGGACCACACGAGGAGGGAGACGACGUGCUGCUCACCUGCAGGGUCCUCGGCGGUCGGCCGGAGCCCUCGGUCCGGUGGCUGGUGAACGGAGUGCUGGUGGACGAGGAGUACGAGCACAACACGGGGGACGUCAUCGAGAACAGACUCCUGUGGCCCGCCAUCAGACGACUGGACUACGCCGCCGUGUUCACCUGCCAGGCCACCAACUCACACCUCGUGCCGCCCAAGGAACUCUCACUCGUGCUCGACAUGUUCCUGAGACCGCUAACAGUGGAGAUAAAGAAGCCGGCGGAGGUGGGCGAGGGCGGCGUGCUGACUGCGGAGCGGCGCUACGAGGUGGCGUGCGAGUCCGCCGGCAGCCGCCCGCCCGCCGUCAUCACCUGGUACAAGGGGAAGCGACAGCUCAAGCGGAUCACGGAGGAGCUUCGGGACAACCUGACGGUGAGCGUGAUGAGCUUCGUGCCGACCCUGGACGACGACGGCAAGCCCAUCACCUGCCGGGCGGAGAACCCGAACGUCACCACCCUCAGCAUGGACACCUCCUGGACCAUUAACGUCGUCUACCCGCCGGUGGUGCGGCUGCGGCUGGGCAGCUCGCUGGCGGCCGGCGACAUCAAGGAGGGGGACGACGUGUACUUCGAGUGCCACGUGCGAGCCAACCCGCCCGCCAGGAAGCUGUCCUGGCUGCACGACGACCGCGCCCUGGCGCACAACGCGACGGCGCGCGUGUUCCACAGCAACCAGAGCCUCGUGCUGCAGAAGGUGACGCGCCACAGCUCCGGCCGCUACGCCUGCUCGGCGCUCAACGCCGAGGGGGAGACCGUCUCCAACGAGCUGCUCUUCCGGGUCAAAUACGCGCCGUCGUGUCGGUCGAGCGGCGUGGCGGUGGUGGGCGCGGCGCGCGGCGAGUCCGUGGUGAUCGUGUGCGAGGUGGACGCCGACCCGCCCGCCGCCGUCUUCAAGUGGAAGUUCAACAACUCCGGCGAGACGCUCGACGUCGCCGCCGACAGAUACACCUCCAACGGCAGCGCCUCCAGCCUCAAGUACACUCCGGUGGCGGACCUGGACUACGGCACGCUGUCGUGCUCCGCGUCCAACGAGGUGGGCGCGCAGCUCGCCCCCUGCGUCUUCCAGAUGGUGGCGGCAGGCAAGCCACACGCGCCCCGCAACUGCACGCUGUGGAACCAGACGGCGGAGUCGGUGGAGGUGUCGUGCGUGGCGGGCUUCGACGGCGGCCUGCCGCAGCGGUUCCUGCUCGAGGUGUACUCCGACGGCGCCGUGCCCAGAGUAAACCUGUCCUCGGACGAGCCGUCGUGGACGGUGCGCGGGCUGGAGUGGGACGUGCGGCACCGGCUCGUGGCCGUCGCCUUCAACUCCAAGGGCCGCUCCGCGCCCGCCAAGCUGGACGACGUGCUGUUUCGAGACCCAGAGAAGAGAACAGCGUCGGAGGCGCAGCUGGGCGUGAGCGGCGUGGUGGGGGCGCUGGGCGCGGGCGCGGGCGCGGUGUGCGCACUGGUGGCGGGCGCGUGCGCGCUGGCGCUGCGCCGGCGCCGGCGCCCGCGCCUCGCCAAGCCGCCUCCCGCGCCCGCGCCGCCCGCCAAGCUGGACCACGACGAUGCCGAGCCAGACCUCAUACCCAAUAACUACUGCGAGGCGGCGAGCGCGCCCAGCCUGGCCGUGUCGUCGCCGGCGCGCACCGCGCCCGCGCCGCUCGCCACUCCGGCGUGCAACGGGCCGGGCGCGUCGUGGACCUGGGGCGCGCGCGGCGUGGCGCCCGGCGGCGGCGCGGCGCCUGGCGCCCGGGCGCUGGGCCGCUCGGCGUCGGCGACGCUGCGCGCGGCGCCGGCGCCCGACCUCAACGUAGACGCCAUCAAGGAGAAGCUGCUGGACCAUCGGAUCCCGGAGAGCUGCGUGUAGUGCUCGCCCGACUGCUACAGACCUUACUGACUGGUGGCGCGCUCUGUGUUAGUGAAACCGUGCCGUGUCGGACUCGAUGCAUGGACUCGAGUAGGUGUGUGCGUGACAGUGUGCGUGUGUGCGUGUGUGCCCGCCUACUGACGAUGCGCACUGUAAAUGUUGUAGCUAGAUUAUUUCUUCAAUGUCAUCUUUGGUAUCAUUCUGUGGUGACGGAGCUGGAGACGCGGCUUCAGCGCUUAGAAUACACGAGUUCUGUGGGACAGCGUACGACGGGUACAGAGUAGUGACAAUGAUGAGUACUGAAUAGAAUUACAAACACACAAGGGGCUUCCCGUAAACAUUAUUUAACUUUAUGUGUCCUGAGGGUCACUGCGCCUGAAUAGCCACUAUGGUCGCUUAUGUAACAAAAAGUGUCUUAAGCAGUGCACUACCGAACUAAUAGUAAACCACUGUACGUCACAUAAUUUUAGAUUGGUCGAACAGAACUUAACGCUUAGUUACGCCACCUAGUGAGAGCUAGGAUAGUAACCCGCAUUACAUAAUUUACCCAGCGAUCAUAAGAUGUACCCAGUAAAUAUGAAAUUACAUACAAUUUUGCCCUGUUUCGUAUACAUGGGUUCCUGUGUAUACUUAUAUCUUUUAUUUAAUCACAGGUGUAUUAAGUAGUUAACCACUGAAUAUAAUGCACACAGAACAUCAAUAACCACGACGGCACCGCCUGCCGGGCCGUGGCAUGCCAACACGGGCCCAUCUUGUAGAUCGCUUCGUUGACGCCAGCAGAAGGUUGCAAUAUUGUGUGUGGCAGUGAAUGUAUCCGCGUCCAUCCGACACCUGAUAUUCUAAGCGCGGUUCCACGGAAUUUGUAAUGUUGAUACACAAGUCACUAAUUUUAUUUAAUAAUUAUGAAAUUGUAUAUAGUAGUGUUUAAGCGACUGAGUCUUUGCCACUUUUUUACAUGUCUACGAAAUAGAUAAUUUUACCAGAUAAUAUGAUAAAUAUGUACAUGAACUACUUUAGGUAAAUCUAUUCCUCGUUAUCUGUACAAAACUUGAUUUCUGUAAAUAUAAUGUUUGUACUCGCUGUAAGGCUCCCGCUGCGCAGGCGCGCUCACUCUACAUAUCCAUGUCAUGUCUGCAAUAUGUGCGACAUGUUCUCGCAAACUAACGAUAACUACACUCGCCACUUCUCACAACUGAACGAGUAGCUAACUCUCCGAGGAUCCACGAAGCCAUACGAUAUUGUAACAGAGUACUGGACAACAAACCAAGUCAGAACGAUGUACUCUCGGCUCCGGAGUGUGUCCUCGCACCGCGGCCGGGUGUGGACACUCCGUUACAUUGACGAUGACCUCACAGGACCGCGCUCUGAACCUGGACAAACAUGUACAAUUUGUGUAUUGAAUUUGGAUACCUUGCCAUACAAUAUUCGACACAUACCUUGUUUUUGUUAUGUACCUACCGAAUUGUUAUUAAGAUAAUAAGAAAUGCUUCAACAUGACGUUUGACUAAAAAUAAAUAAAAUAAAUUUAUAUUAAUUACUUUAUACAGUUUGGCAUCUAUGGUUGUGCUAACUAAGAGUAUACAAGAGAAGCAGAUCAAAUCAACCGAAUGAGCUGAUGGAAGUAUGGCGGACUCGUUUAGUUGCAAAAAGCUGCUUCACACACAUACAUACAUACUUGUCUAGUGUAAGAAGCUAGCGUACUAGUGUAAGAGUUCGCGUUAGUUUGACGAGAAUAUUAGCAAUGUACAGCGACAGAUGAACAUAUCUACACACCGGGACGUAUCACAGUGAUAUCACUGAAAGCUGUCAUUCAGUACCAACAGACUGACAUCCUCAACCUGUAGAUAGUAAUCACUAAGUAAUAAUAUGCUACUCGUAAGGAAUGAGAGCGGCGCGGGGCCGCGGUGCGGGCGCCGCGCGACCCGGGGCCCCGCGCCCAAACUGAUUUGUUAUAAAAAAAUUAAAAUAACUCAAAGAGUUUGCCCUACUGUUGACAUUAUUUAUUUUGAACGAGAUUAAAAGUUGUCUUGGAAAUAA